AUGUGGCUCAAAUCCCAAUGCGCCGUGCUCGCGGCGCUGGCCGCCCACGCAAUAGCCGUGACCCCGAUCACGGAGGCAGAGAUGACCACACUCCUCGACCAAGGCGGCGUCGGGCUCGCAGACCGCUACGCUCCGCUCUGGUUCUUCGGCCAGGCGCUCAAUGAAGUGCCCUGUUACCCGACCUGGGCCUUUGGCGGCUCGCCCGACUCGCCCGACGAAUACGACUCAGCACAGCAGACCGCGGCCGCACCGCAAUGCGAAUAUCCCGACGUGGGAUGCGGAUGCCGCCACCCCGGGGUCGCAGCGGGGAGCGCCGGGCCCGCGUUCCCGAUCUACUACACCGUGCAGCGGUGCAAGGAGACCGAGGUGCGAGUAGUGUAUAAUCUCUUUUAUGAGAAGGAUGGGGCCAAGGUGCUCGACCUGAUCGAUACAGGUCAUGACUACGACUGGGAACGAGUCAUCAUCGUCCACUCGCGCGACGCGGCAAGCAAGCUGUGGACGCCUGCGCGCGCCCUGCUCUCCGCUCACAGUGGCUACCAUAACCUGGUCUGGAGCGCAAUCCAUAGCACGCUGACGAGCGAGGAGAUCCAGGCUGGCGACGCAAGAACCCCUGACGGGGUGCGGAAUAAUGACCAUCCCAAGGUGUAUGUCUCGUGGUCGAAGCACGCGCACUUCGACACCAAGGAUAGAAUCUGGAUCGAUCCGAUCAGCCAAUCCACGGACAACGCUUUUCGCAGUGAUGAUUGGUGGUAUUAUGUUGAGCAGCAGUACUAUAUUCAAGCGGAUAAUUCCACCGAGGCAGGUAAGGCCUUGGGCAGCACGGAUUGGGGGUCGGCGACGAGCAAUCCUCCUUCUGUGCAGGCGAGCGUAAACCGAGAGAAAAUGGCCUGGUUCCAAAAAUCCUUCACCCUCCCCUCCCGCUCGCGCGGCAGCUACCUCAUCACCGACCAGGUGCUCUCCGAGCUCCCGGAGAUCCGGGACUACAAGGUCGGCAUGCUGAACCUGUUCGUGCAGCACACGAGCUGCGCGCUUUCGCUGAACGAGAACUGGGACGAAGACGUACGGGCGGACAUGAGCGACGCGCUGGACCGCAUCGCGCCGUACGACAAGAAGGGAAAUCUAUAUCGUCAUUCCGCCGAGGGGGAGGAUGAUAUGCCGGCGCAUAUCAAGUCCGCUCUGAUCGGUGCCUCGGUCACAAUCCCUAUUACCAAUGGUCGGUUGGCGACGGGGACGUGGCAGGGGAUUUGGUAUCUGGAGUUCCGGACGAGUCGACACUCGCGCAAGGUGGUGGCUACGAUUCAGGGUGAGAAGGCGUGAUUUGCGUGGCUGAAUAUUGCAUUGCAGUUGGGGUUAUAUAGAGCCGAACCAGAAUGCAAUGAUACGAAUGUUCAU